GUUUGGGAUGAAAUACUGAGGGUUAAGGGUGGAGCAACCCAGGAAGGGAAAAGGCCGCAAAAAGAUAGUUUUCAUCUAAUGAUGUCCAGCCACACAGCCUGACCCCUGUGGAGCUCUGACUGGGCACAUGGGGGUGGGGCUUCAGCCAGUGGCUCGAUGGAUCUGGCCAGCAACGAGAGCCCCCACCAGACAUCUACCUCAGAUAGGGUGGCUCCUGGGGGCUUAAGUGUAUGUUACUGCUGGGAGUCGGGGGGGCCAAACUAUCUGGGUUCUCAUCUCUGUUCUGGCAUGUCCAGUUGUGCAACUGUGGACUCCUUGAGUCCUGGGUGUUGUGACAGUCCAUGGAGCUGAGGUUUGUAGCACUUUGUAACAGCCUUCUAUUUGCUAUUAUUAUUUAAGAGCUUGCAGCUGGCAGUUCCGAGACUGCAUGAGGGGUGCGCAUGGCUGUGUGCUGUUGGAGUUACAUAUUUGAAAUCCUGGGGACUUCCGUUGUUAGUCUUGAAUUCUAGCUUUUCUGAUGCAGCAACACCAGCUUCCAUUCUCACUGCAAAAAGCAGAUGGAGCAGAGUCUCAGUUGCACACCCGACGGGCUGGUGAUUCUUUUCUUAAUUGGUUGUCACGGUCUAUGGCUCUUGAUGGGCAGUUGGGUUUGCGACCUCCACGACUGAGUGAUGAUGUUAAUACCAGACGUCAGCCCAGCGGAGUUCUCAGUCUGGUGGAGGGGACAGGCUGGCAUACUGGGCAGGGAAAGCAGUAGGAGGGUGGCUUCCAGGAAAGUGAGAGGUCCAAGAGCUGGUGAGUGUCGCUGGGCCAGGUCUGUCUACCACCCACGUGAAGGCGUAAGGUGGACUCUCAUUCUUGUUGGAAGUGGGCUUGCCAAGAGACGGAACCCAGGUUCCCGGAACUAAAGGCAGCAUGAUUCAAACUACACCCGGACGAUGUUCCAGGAUGGCCCCAAGCCGGAAGUGGGCUGGAAAAACCUAACCCGCCCCAGUUUCCUCGCGCGAAGGCAUGCUUUGAGCUGGUGGUUGACGUGGGACCCGGCAGCCACAAGAGUCAUCUCUGGGCAGCUAGGUUGCCCUCUUGCAGCUGAGGAAAGCUGCGGAGUUCCCCGCGGCGCAGAGUCUAGUGCGCAGGCGUGUGGGCGGGGCUGGCCCUUAAAGGGAGCGCGUUGUGGAGUCGGAGGAGCUGGGGGUCUCUAAGUGCGAGGCUCUGUUGGGUGGGAAUGGAAACUGGGCGCCCUGUGGACCAGACCACAUUGGCGCUGAGUUUGGAUUCACUGCCGACGUGCCCAAGAGGAAUUGCAGAUUAAGCGCUUUUCUUCCGGUCUGGAGUCCGCUUCGCUAUGGCUCACGUUGGGUCUCGCAAGCGCUCAAGAAGUCGCAGUAGGUCCCGGGGUCGGCGAGGGUCAGAAAAGCGAAGUAAGAAGAGUAGUAAGGACUCCUCGAGAAACUGCUCAGCCUCCAAAUCCCAGGGUCACAAGGCCAGCAGCACCUCCGCUACUGAGGAGAGAAGCAAGCACAAGGCCCGGAGGACAGCGAGAUCCAGCUCUUCCUCCUCUUCCAGUUCUUCCAGCUCCACAUCGUCUUCAUCCUCCAGUGAUGGCCGGAAGAAGAGAGGGAGGCACAAGGAUAAGAAGAAGAAGAAAAAGAAGAAGAAGAAACGGAAGAAGCUGAAAAGGAAGGGCAAGGAGAAGGCAGUGGUGGUGCACAAGGCUGAAGCUCUGCCCGGCCCCUCGCUGGAUCAAUGGCACAAAUCAGCUGGGGAGGACAACGAUGGCCCAGUCCUGACCGAUGAGCAGAAGUCUCGUAUCCAGGCCAUGAAGCCCAUGACCAAGGAGGAGUGGGACGCAAGACAGAGUGUCAUUCGAAAGGUGGUGGACCCAGAGACGGGUCGUACAAGGCUCAUCAAGGGAGAUGGUGAGGUUUUAGAGGAAAUUGUAACCAAAGAACGACACAGAGAGAUCAACAAGCAAGCCACUCGAGGGGAUGGCCUGGCCUUCCAGAUGCGAGCGGGACUGCUUCCCUGAAGGCCCUGGUAUCCCAGGUUUGUGAACUGCUGUAGGUGGCUUGGAGACCGAUGGGUCUACCUGCCCAUCCUCUUGUGGGUGGCCUCUGGCCCAGCCCAGCAUCCUCGUGUGUGUAGUAGGUGGCCUGAACACCGAAUUGGACAGUCACUAUUAAAUGAUCUUGGCCACAGA